UGCGCUCCUCGGCGUGAGUCUCCAUUGCACCGACACUUCCGCUCCGCGACAGGGGGAAGACACGCGUCCAGGCGGCGAUCAGGCGCACACACAAAGGAAGGUAGCGCUUAAAAGGCAAAAACACUUGUUAUUACCGCGAAAUAUAAAUACCAGUCGCUGCCUGUUUGUUUUCCGUCACCUUACGCGCGUAGAGUCGAAGUCCUUGAUGCGAGGGAGGAAAUUUGGGGGUCGGAAAACAGUAAGAGCAAUCGGACCGGGGAGCCGAGCGGAGAUCCGUGGACUGCCUGUGUAAAGGGACGCGUGGAGAAUAACAAAGAGGCCGGUAUGUCGGAUGAGGAUUCGCGUGCUAGCACCAGUUCCUCAUCGUCCUCCUCUUCUUCCUCCACUCACCCGAAACAGAAAGACACACCUAGCAGGAAACGGGAGAGCAAAGCCAACAUGAGCAAGACCUCCAAGCUCCUCUCCACCAGCGCCAAGAGGAUUCAGAAGGAGCUGGCGGACAUCACCGUGGACCCGCCGCCCAACUGCAGUGCGGGUCCCAAAGGAGACAACAUCUACGAGUGGCGGUCCACCAUCCUGGGCCCCCCAGGCUCUGUGUAUGAGGGAGGCGUCUUCUUCCUGGACAUUGCCUUCACUCCCGACUACCCCUUCAAACCCCCAAAGGUGACCUUCCGCACGAGAAUCUACCACUGUAACAUCAACAGCCAGGGCGUGAUCUGCCUGGACAUCCUGAAGGACAACUGGAGCCCCGCCCUCACCAUCUCCAAGGUGCUGCUGUCCAUCUGCUCCCUGCUCACAGACUGCAACCCGGCUGAUCCUCUGGUGGGGAGCAUCGCCACUCAGUACACCACAAACAGAGCCGAGCACGACAGAACAGCCAAACAGUGGACCAAACGCUAUGCCACAUAACCGCACCGCUACCGGCUACAGCGUCCUUCUGCCCUUAACGACAGAUCUCAGAUCAGCUCGCCCUCCUCCCAAUCCUAAACCCAUCCAUUUAGUGUAAAAAUGAAGGACUGGUUCAGGAUCAGUUACUAAGGGCAAAAAGUACGUACACCACUGCUGUUGGUCAGUGGGAGGAGGGGGGAUGGGGGGGUACGAUGGUGGGGUGGGGAGUGUUUUGGGGCUGGGUUUCAGUUGCAGAUUUUGUCUUAUCUCCUAAGAUUUCAUUGUUUCCUGAUUUUAAGCCCUUCUAACAGGACGAGCCCCAGCAAUAAGGCCUCUGUAAAGUGGGUAGGGAGGUUAAUUUCUUUCUUUCUUUGUGUUGUUUCUUUUCUAAAUGGAUUUUGGAUACUUUGUGCUGUAACCUGAUGGAGGAAUUUGACCGUUUGGCUGCUCCUGAAACGAUACCACAGUGAUGCUACUGUUCCCUCGGCCACAUUUCAGUUCUGUGUCAACCUUCCUUGAAGCCCCUGGUGAUGAGUUUCAGUUUUAUUAAAGUUGUAAUUGAUGUAUUCAGUGUCUUGGCUCCAUUUUAUUAAUGUGUACCAUCCUGCAUUUCACUCGCCUUGUUUCAGAAAUAUUCAUAACUGAAUAAAGACUUAA